GAGCACGAUGAGGACAGCAAGCCGAAGGCGAAGGAGAAAGAGAAGGAAAAGGAGAAGGCAAAGGACAAGGAGAAGGACAGAGCCAAAGAUAGGGAGAAGGAGAAGCAUGAAGAUAGGGAGAAGGAUGCCAAAAAGAAGGCCAAGAAACAGAAGGGGAAGUCAGAUGAAGAGCCGGAUGGGGACAGGGCGAAGGAGAAGCACAAAGACAAAGAGAAGACGAAGGAUGAAGACUCCGGCAAGAAGAAGAGCAAGAAGGACAAGUCAAAGGAGUGA